AUGGCCUGCACAGCUCUUUUCUUUUCUUUUAUUCAGAAAGGCAAAGAUGUCUUCUUUGGAGAAACUGAAGAUACCUACAUUACCAGUGCUAUCCAGGAGGGGGCUAAAAUGGUGGAUGAUCCUAUAUACCAUAUACUGAAAAGAAAUCUCCAAAGGAGGGAAAUAAUAGCUCCUGCUCUGCUGCUGGCUUUUUCAAAAUUUCCUGAACAAGAAAAUCUAGAUAUUUCCCAAGCAUCUGAAAGAAUGGAAACUUCAACACAAGUGCUGGGAAAAAAAAUUCACCAGAAGCAGAAACGCUCACUGCAUCCAAGUGAUCUUUUAUCAGCUGAUUUGCUCAGAAUGAUUGCCAAUAUUUCUGGAUGCAUGCCUUACAUGCUGCCACCAAAAUGUCCAAAUAAUUGCCUAGCCAAUAAAUACCGCCUCAUCACUGGUGCCUGCAAUAACAGGGAACAUCCUAGAUGGGGAGCUUCCAACACUGCUCUGACUAGAUGGCUCCCUCCAGCUUAUGAAGAUGGAAUCAGCCAGCCCAAAGGAUGGAAUCCCAACUUCUUCUUUAAUGGAUCUCUACUGCCAUUGGUUCGUGAAGUGACAAGAAAAAUUAUUCAUGCAUCUAAUGAGGCUGUUACAGAAGACAAUCUAUAUUCUGAUAUCAUUAUGGUGUGGGGACAAUACAUAAGUCAUGACAUUUCAUUCACACCUCAGAGCACAAACAGAGCUGCCUUUCUAAGAGGAGUAGAAUGCAAGAUGACAUGUGAAAACCAAAAAUCAUGUUUUCCAAUAAAGGUAUUUGCCAAUGAUACACUAUCGACAGGAAGAGAGUGCAUGCCUUUUUACCGUUCAUCUCCUGCAUGUGGCACUGGUGAUCAUAGCAUUCUCUUUGGAAAUCUAUCAGCAUUGAAGCCGAGAGAACAGAUUAAUGGUUUAACCUCUUUCCUUGAUGCUUCCACUGUCUAUGGCAGCACACCGGCUGUGGAAAACAAACUGAGGAAUUUUACAAGCAAAGAAGGCCUCCUUAGAACAAAUGUGCAAUAUUAUGACAAUGAUCGGGAAUACCUGCCUUUUGUAGACCAGGUCCCCUCUCCCUGUGCACAAGACCCCAACUCAGAUGAAGCUGAAAGGAUCGAAUGCUUUAUGGCUGGGGACAGCAGAUCUAGUGAAGUAAUCUCAUUGACAGCUAUGCACACCUUGUGGCUGCGAGAACACAACCGCCUGGCUAAAGCACUGAAAAAACUGAACAGGCAUUGGAGCUCGGAAACAGUUUACCAAGAAGCUCGCAAAAUUGUUGGUGCUCUACAUCAGAUUAUUACUCUAAGAGACUAUAUUCCAAAAAUCAUUGGCCCAGAGGCUUUUAAUCAGUAUCUUGGUCUGUAUAAAGGCUAUGAUCACAGAAUAAAUCCCACAGCUUCAAAUGUAUUUUCUACAGCUGCUUUUCGAUUUGGUCAUGCAACAAUACACCCAAUAAUAAAGAAACUUAAUGCUCAGUAUCAAGAUGACCCAGACCUCCCAAACCUUCAUAUGCAUGAAGUUUUUUUUAGUCCCUGGAGGCUCAUUAAAGAAGGAGGUUUGGACCCUUUACUAAGAGGUAUUCUAGCAAAGUCAGCAAAACUACUGAUGCAGGAUCAAAUGAUGAAUGAAGAAUUAACAGAAAGGCUCGUUGUAUUGUCGAAUAACGGGUCAUUGGACUUAGCAUCAUUAAAUUUACAGCGUGGACGUGAUCAUGGACUCCCAGGCUACAAUGACUGGCGAGAAUUCUGCGGUUUACCAAGACUGGAAACUCAAACUGACCUGAACACAGUAAUAGCUAAUAGGAAGGUAUCUGAAAAAAUCAUGGAAUUGUACAGCAAUCCAAACAAUAUUGAUGUUUGGCUUGGUGGCCUAGCAGAAAACUUCCUCCCAGGUGCUAGAACUGGCCCACUGUUUGCAUGUAUAAUUGGAAAGCAAAUGAAAGCCCUGAGGGAAGGUGACCGAUUUUGGUGGGAAAACCGUCAUGUUUUCACAGAAACGCAAAGGCAUGAACUAAGAAAACAUUCUUUGUCCCGUAUAAUCUGCGAUAACACAGGCCUCUCAGAAGUGCCACCUGAUGCCUUUCAACUUGGGAAGUUUCCUCAAGACUUUGAGUCAUGUGACAAUAUACCUGGAAUAAAUUUAGAAGUGUGGCAGGAAAGCAAUCAGCAAGAGGGAACAUGUGGAUUCCCAACGGGAGUAGCAAAUGGAGACUUUGUAUAUUGCUCAGAAUUUGGAAAAUCCAUGGUGAUUUACUCAUGUCAACAUGGGUACCAACUCCAAGGAGAAGAACAAUUAACCUGUACAAGCAGAGGAUGGAAUUUUCAACCACCAGUUUGUAUAGAUAUCAAUGAAUGUGAAAAGCAAAUUAAUCCAUCAUGCCAUACAUCUGCUAAAUGCAUUAACACCAUAGGCGGCUACCAGUGUGCCUGCACGGAUCCUUACGAACUGGCAGAAGAUGGAAGAACGUGCUUGGAUUCUGGAAGGAUUCCUAAAGGCUCUUUAAUCUCCAUCAUUUUAGGAGUUACUAUGGUCAGUGGUUUGGCAGUAUUAAGCUGGAUAGUAAUUUGCCGGUGGACGCAGUCUGCUAAUGGAUCAGCUCAAGCAAACAUGUUAAAGGAUAGAACACAUCUAUCUGCAGAAACAGACAACAAAAAACACCAUGAAAUGAAGACUUCACAGCCCAAUAUAUUAGUUGAACCAGCUGAUAAGAUCCGAUAG